CGAAAAUGACUUUAUUCUACAAAUCAUAAAGAUAUUGGAACAUUAUAUUUUAUUUUUGGUAUUUGAGCAAGAAUAUUAGGAACUUCAUUAAGUUUAUUAAUUCGAACUGAAUUAGGAACUCCAGGCUCUCUAAUUGGAGAUGAUCAAAUUUAUAAUACUAUUGUUACAGCUCAUGCUUUUAUUAUAAUUUUUUUUAUAGUUAUACCUAUUAUAAUUGGAGGAUUUGGAAAUUGAUUAGUCCCAUUAAUAUUAGGAGCUCCUGAUAUAGCUUUCCCCCGAAUAAAUAAUAUAAGAUUUUGAUUACUUCCCCCAUCAUUAACCCUUUUAAUUUCUAGAAUAAUUGUAGAAAAUGGAGCUGGAACUGGUUGAACAGUUUAUCCCCCCCUCUCAUCUAAUAUUGCCCAUGGAAGAAGAUCUGUUGACUUAGUUAUUUUUUCUCUUCAUUUAGCUGGUAUUUCAUCAAUUUUAGGUGCAAUUAAUUUUAUCACAACAAUUAUUAAUAUACGAAUUAAUAGAAUAUCUUUUGAUCAAAUACCAUUAUUUGUAUGAGCUGUAGGAAUUACUGCUUUAUUACUACUUCUUUCUUUACCUGUAUUAGCAGGAGCUAUUACUAUAUUAUUAACAGAUCGUAACCUAAAUACAUCUUUUUUUGAUCCUGCAGGAGGUGGUGAUCCUAUUUUAUACCAACAUUUAUUUUGAUUUUUUGGUCAUCCAGAAGUUUAUAUUUUAAUUUUACCAGGAUUUGGUAUAAUUUCUCAUAUUAUUUCUCAAGAAAGAGGAAAAAAGGAAACAUUUGGUUGUUUAGGGAUAAUUUACGCCAUAAUAGCAAUUGGAUUACUUGGAUUUAUUGUAUGAGCCCAUCAUAUAUUUACUAUUGGAAUAGAUACGGAUACUCGAGCUUAUUUUACUUCUGCUACAAUAAUUAUUGCUGUACCUACAGGAAUCAAAAUUUUUAGUUGAUUAGCUACUUUCCAUGGAACUCAAAUUAAUUAUAGACCAUCAAUUUUAUGAAGACUAGGAUUUGUAUUUCUUUUUACAGUAGGAGGAUUAACUGGAGUUAUUUUAGCUAAUUCAUCUAUUGAUGUAACUUUACAUGAUACAUAUUAUGUAGUAGCUCAUUUUCAUUAUGUUUUAUCUAUAGGAGCUGUAUUUGCUAUUAUAGGAAGAUUUAUUCAUUGAUAUCCUUUAUUUACUGGUCUUUCUUUAAAUCCUUAUUUUUUAAAAAUUCAAUUUUUUACUAUAUUUAUUGGAGUAAAUUUAACUUUUUUUCCUCAACACUUUCUUGGAUUAGCAGGUAUACCUCGUCGUUACUCAGAUUAUCCUGAUAAUUUUAUAUCUUGAAAUAUUUUAUCCUCAUUUGGUUCAUAUAUUUCAUUAUUUUCAUUAAUAAUAAUAAUAAUAAUAAUAAUUAUUUGAGAAUCAUUUAUUAAUCAACGAAUAAUUUUAUUUCCUCUUAAUAUACCUUCUUCCAUUGAAUGAUUACAAAAUUUACCUCCUGCAGAACAUUCAUAUAAUGAACUUCCUAUUUUAAGAAACU